AUCCCAGCUGAAUUAUAGAAUCAUUUUGAAGACGGAUUCAGACCAGAGCCGACAUGGAGGGAGGAUUUGCUGCAGCUUUCCUGCUUUUUCUGCCUCUCCUGAGUGUCAGCGGCGUCUCCAAUCAAAAAACGACAGUCUCCUGGUGUGUGCUGUCGGAGGCCGAGGAGCAGAAGUGCCUGGAUUUAGCCGGCAAUGCCACGGCCAGGAACGUGAGGGGAUCUCUGCUGUGUGUCCGCGGCCUGAACACAAGAGACUGCAUGGAGAAAAUCAAGAACGGCACGGCAGACGCGGCCUCGAUGUUUGCAGAUGAUAUCUACGCUGCGGGCCUCUGCUACGGUCUGGAGCUCGCAGCAGGAGAGUCUCACAACGGAGUCGACGGAAUCAGCUACUACGUGGUGGCCAUGGCCCGACGCUCCUCCUCAGACCUGUCCUUGCUGGAGAUGCACGAGCGCAGCUCCUGUCACCCCGGCAUCCGUACCACAGUGGGCUGGACCGUUCCCAUCGGCUACUUGGUCAACACGUCCCAAAUCAGCAUAGGAGAGCAGUGCAACUUCCCCAAAGCGGUGGGGAACUUCUUCGGUUACAGCUGCGUGCCCGGCGUUAAGGAUCCUCUGCAUGAUCCCAGAGGCAACAACCCGAAAAACCUUUGCGAGGCGUGUAUAGGAGACGAGAACGACAGACACAUCUGCGCCAACAACCACAAGGAGAGACAUUACGGAGAGGCUGGGGCCCUGAGGUGUGUUGCUGAGAACCUGGGCGAUGUGGCGUUCGUCAAACACACAACGGUCUUCGACAAUUUGGACGGUAAGAACCAGGAAUCCUGGGCUUUGGACCUGGAGCUGGAAGACCUCAAGCUGCUGUGUCCGGAUGGGACGGAGGCAGGUCUGGAUGAAUAUCUGCGAUGCCACCUGUCAGCUGUACCUGCCAACGGCGUGGUGGUGCGCAUGGAGGAUAAGUGCCGUGUCUGGAAAUACCUGGAGCGUUUACAGAACGCGUUUGGCAACGCCACCGAGGGCUUCAGCCUGUUCAGCUCGGCAGGCUACGGCCAAUCCGAUCUGCUGUUCAGCGAUGCCACCCACCACCUGCAGAGAGUUCUGGGUAGUUACACCUCUUGGCUGGGCCCCAGUUACACCGCCAUACUGCAGGCCUUCGAGUGUGAGGGCUUCUGCUGAUGGAAGAGGGGGAAGAUACCCAGCGCAUCAACUUCCACCCCAUCCUGCUGUCUCCAUGCAAGUGUUCUGCAUUCCCGCCCUGCCAUCUGUGUCCCUCUGCUUUCCUAUCGCUUUGCGUUGUGUAUUUGUUUUCUUCCUGCGUGCCGCCGCCCGUUUCUCUCGUUUUUGUCAUUGCCCUCCGACAAACUUGGUGCGUUGUCCGAUGUAGCAGCUGUGAGGAAAGGUCAACGCCAAGAGCGGCUAAUCAGCUUUUCUGAACUCCAUAAAACAUGAUCUGGGGAGGGAAGGGUAGAAAAUAUGAAGUAAUUGAGUAGAAAUAUACGAUAAUAGUGUAGAAAAAUGACACGUUCCUGUGGUAAUUACAGCUGAUAUCUCAGCAUUUUUUUUUUCAAACAAGAUUGGAAACAGCAAUCACUGAAUGUGUCCUUCAGAAACCAUCUGAACACCACCAACAUGUCCUGCUGGCUGUUCCUCCACAGUCUACGCUUCAGCACCACCGCCCUCCCACCUCCUUCUCAACAGGGUCCGUCUCUGGCACUGAGCAACUGGGUGCUAUUAACGUUGACAUUAGGAGUCUCAGUUACUGUAACAGUGUGUGUCUGAGUGUGUGUAUGUCUGUGUGUGUGUGUGGUUGAGAGAAGCACACAUUCUUUCCCACAGCCAUUAUUGUCCUAAUUGGCAGUCUGGCUUAUUUUACAUCGCUGGUGUGUGACAGAGGAAACGUGUGUGUGUGUGUGUGUUUGUGUGCCUAUGUGCAUCUGCUGAUAGGGUUGCUUCUCUCCCGUGGCUUGUGUAGCUUUCUGCUUCGGAUCAGUGCUUUCUCACGUCUGGCAUGGUGGGCCGCACCGUGCCAGCACACCGUGUACUGUAACACCGCCGGGUUUGGAGGAAGGAGGCCUGCCCAAGUGACCUCUGAGGGACCCUCGACUUAAAUACAUUUUCUCCUCGCUUUGCAUCACCCGGAUCGUUCUCACGCUCUUAAUGCCCGCUUUCUUUUUUUGGUUUGUCCACAUAAGCAGGUGUGAGUUGCUCUUCUAAGACUACAAGACCGUCCAAAGUUAUUCGAAUCCUUUAGAACUUUUCAACAUUGAUACAAAGCUACGACCCCAAACUUCAAUUUAUUUUAUUAGGAUUUUAAGAGAAAGAUGA